AUGACUAGGUACAAAAUGACCCAAGAUGGUGAGAUUUUUAAUGUAAAGUCUGCAGAUACACUUACCUACCCAACUCUAGAUGAGAAACUAGAAAACAAUAAAGAGGAAGAGCGAGGGCCAGUAGAUCCUGAAGAAGUAUAUCCUCCAACAAAGGAUCUCAAUGAAAAGGAUCCCAAUAUAGACAAGGGGUACGCUUGGGUCAUAUUAGUGGCAUGUGUACUAUUCAAUUUCUGUACAUGGGGUAUGAACUCCGGUUUUGCCAUAUAUUUCGCCAACUACUUGAUAAAUGAUACUUUUCACGAUGCAACAAAGAUGGACUAUAGUUAUAUUGGUGGCAUGGCAUUUGGUGUUGGUCUUUUUUUCUCACCAUUGAUCACAUUUUUUAUGGGCAUUUUUGGAUUUAGAAGUGUGCUUAUAGUUGGCAACUGUCUUCAGUUUACAGCGUUGAUGUUAGCGAGCUGGUCCAGAAAACUUUGGCAAUUAUACCUCACACAAGGGUUGAUGCAAAGUUUCGGACUAGCGUUUCUUUCCAUACCGGCAACCACAAUAUUACCUCAAUGGUUCAAGAAAAAAAGAGUCAUGGCAUCAGGUAUAGGUGCAGCAGGAUCGGGCUUAGGAGGUAUUGUAUUCAAUUUGGGUAUGCAGAAAGUAGUAGAUACAAAGGGUGUGUUUUGGGCAUUGAGAGUGCAAAGUAUCAUUGGUUUUGGCUUAACUUGGAUCGCCAUUUUUCUAACUAAAAGCAAAGCAAGCAGUCAUGGAAUUCAAUUCCAUCUUUUUGAUUUUUCAGUUUUAAAAAUGGCAGCAUUUUGGUUGACGAUGCUCUUCAUCAUUACAUGCAUAUUUGGCUAUGUUAUUGUUUUGUACACAUUGGCCAAUUUCACUACCAGCUUGGGUUAUUCUGAAAGACAAGGUUCCAUUGUGUCUGCAAUGGUCCAGGUUGGUUCUUUGUUUGGUAGACCUGUAAUUGGAGCUUUAUCGGAUCGUUAUGGUGCAGCAACGGUUGGCUUCAUUGCCUAUUAUAUUGUUGGGAUAUUUUGUUUGGCAAUGUGGAUACCAGCAAGAAAUUAUGCAACUGUUAUCAUAUUUGCAUUGAUAGAGGGGGCGUUAAUGGGGACUAUAUACGCGAUUAUUGCACCAUUACUAGCAAGAAUAUUUGGGAUAAAGAAAAUGAAUGUUGUUUUUGGUCAACUAUGGUCUAUAAUGGGCGUCGCGGGUACGUUUUCACCUGUUAUUGGUGUGAAGUUAAUACAAGGAAGUGGUACCACUGUGAAUCCUGGUAGUUAUAGAGAUUGUUCGAUUUUCACAGGUAUUAUGUUUUUUGCGUGUGCUACACUUUUGUUAUUUAUUAGAGGUUAUAUCAAGGCUAGAGAUCGAGUAAUCAACACCGAAAACAAUAUAGACCCAGACCAUGCUGAAAUCACUUCAGUUACAGUCCCAUUUUUAGAUGUUUUUAAACUGUUAUUUGCUAGAAGCUCGGAAAAGGCCUAA